GGAUGGCCGAGAUCCUCCGCAGGUCGGGUGCUGCCGUGCUGCCAGAGGCGGCCCCGGCCCGAGGUGGCCCCAGCUCUUCGGGGCGGGUCCGUGCGGCCUCCGGCUCACUCCCAGGGAGGCCCCGACGGCCUGCGGGGAAGGCCUGGAGAGCUUCUCGGAGGGUCUUCUCCCUCCUGGGCCUCCCCCCCCCCGGGGCGCGCGCCGCGGAGGCGGGGCCCCGCACAUGGCCGCUCCCGAGAGGCUGCUCGGCCGGGGCCGCCGCGGCCCGCGCCGCGGCCGGGGCGGGGCGCGUCCGCUGGCGCGGUGGGCGCGGCGGCUGCUGGCGUCACGCGGGGCCCCCUCCCUGGGCCAGGAGGCCACCCCUGGCAGCACCCGGCAGAAGCCCCCGCGCGCCACGGCAGAUGCCCUCCGACGGCGCGGCGCGUGCGGGCGGGGGCGGGCGCGGGCGCGGGCGCUGCGGUCUGGGGGUCGCGAACGGGCACAUGCUCUUCUCGCAUAGUCAACGACAUGAGGAAGGACACCUUCCUCCAGGAGAUCAUCACCAAGGUGGUGAGGAACUACGGGCCCAAGGCUUUCACGGCGCUGGACUGGUGGCCGCCCGACGGCAUGGCCACGGAGCACUUCGGCAGCUUGAGCACCCACACGCUGGAGCGCUACCUGGUCAGCAUCCCGCAGGCUACCGCGGCGGCGAGAGCGGCAGCCAGCGCUUUCAAGAAGAAGGAGGUAGAGAUCGAGUGGUUCGAGUGCGACCCCGACCUGGGCGAGCGGCUGCUCGACCUGCCACCGACUCCGUCGACGUCGCGCUGCUGCAGGCGGGGGACCGGGCGGUGUCGAUGGGCGCGAAGGGCCACCUGCGCGUGUUCGUGGAGACCGCCCGCGUGCUCCGGCCGCAGAGUCCCUUCAUCCCGGGCGUUGCCAGAGAGCUACGAGGUCCUGCCGCCGACCGCCACGGAGUUCUUCGAGGAGUCCACGGCCGACAGGUGCGAGGACCGCGACCUCGGCCUCGUCGGCAGCGUCUUCUUCAAGCGGGACCGGACGAAGGGCCGCCGCAGAGCCGCGCCCAGGGCCAAGAGGGCACCCAAGAGGCGGCCUCCGGCGCCCCGGGCGGAUGACGACAGGGUCUCGCUGGAUGACCUGAACGCCGCCCUGUUUUAGGUCGCGCUUCGGGCCGGAGAGAGCCUCCCACGUCUGCGCAAUGCAUCUGCACGAACGAAAUGGGCACGGAAAGAAUGGGUACAAUGCCCAACGGCGGAUGUGGUUCAUUUUGAACAGGACUCGCUGUCCACGCCGCCGCGGCCUGUGUCCAUUCGAGACAGGAGGCCGCCUGCCCAACAGCGGCCGCUGUUGGUUUGGGACAACAUUUGUUGUUGGGCAUUGUACUCAUUCUUUCCGUACUCCUUUCGGGCAUCCAAAAUUCAGUUCCAGGCUUCCUGCAUGGGGUCCGAGCAGAUGGGGUCGGAAGAUGGCGCCGUGUAUCGGCGAAGCGGCUCGAUGUGGAGCCCGAUGUUCUCCACGCCGACGGCGCGAUCCUCCGACCCCGUCUUGUUGGACCCCCAUGAGGGAGGCCUCCAUCAGAGGAGGGCCAGGUGAGACAACGGUAGUCGGCCUUCGGGGCUUCAGGGGGCCCCUCGUCGCUGCGGCUGGAAGCGGCUCGGGAAACUGG